AUGAGUGAUAAAAGAAGAAGUGGUGUUUGGUUGUAUUUCAAUGCAAUUGAUUCAAAUAAAGCAAAGUGUGACAUUUGCAAAAAUCUCUUAUCCUAUAAAGGUGGUGCAACCUGCAAUUUGAGUAAACAUUUGAAGGCGAAGCAUUUUGCGGUAAUAACGCAAGAUCUUCCGUCUCCUUCGUCUUUAAGAACAUCUGCGGAGUUGGAGGAAAUACCCGGACCAUCAACUUCUUCUACACCUUGGAAGUCAGAAGUCACCCCAGGAAGUUCGGCUUAUGACGCCACAAAAAAAAUUGAUAAGGGCAAAAGACCAAUGCCUUUUCCCUCAUCAAAACAAUCUAAAAUAUCGACUUUUGCUAUGCGGCCAAUGUCUAUUCCUCGUACUAAGAACCUGCGUAUAAAAGUUUUAAACAUCAUUAUAAAAGACAUGCAGCCAUUUACAAUUGUUGAAGAUGAAGGGUUCAGAGAAUUGUUAGAAGAGUUUGAUCCUGCUUAUAAACUUCCUUCAAGAAAAACUUUGAGCAACAUUUUGUUGCCAGAACCAUAUGAUGAGGUUGUUCAGAAAGUAAAGAAUUUACUAAAAAAUUCGGAGUAUUUGACGAUUACGACAGAUACUUGGACUUCCACAGCUGUUGAAAGUUAUUUGGCCAUAACCGUACAUUAUUUUUCUGUCACUCUCUGUCUACACUACACACAAGACCUACAUCCCACAGAUUCAGUUCAAAGGGACAGUCUUGAAGCACGACCUGAUCAGAUGAAUAAUCUUAGAAGACGAAGAUGGUCAAAGGAGGAGAACUAUGAAGUGAUGUGGGCAUACUACAGUGCGAUUGCAAGUAAAAUCGCAGCUCCAAAAACAAGAGGCACUUUCGAGAUCUGGAGAAAUCGUAAUCCAAAUAUUAUGCCAGAAAUGAACGCACAAAAACUGUCAAACCAGCGACGUGUAAUAGAAAGGAAUUUAACGGAAGCAGAACGACAGGAAAUAAAAUGCGGUGUGUAUUCGUACCUUCACCAGCAAGAAAAUGAACCUACACUGCCACCUGCUACCAUAGAGAGUAAUAAAGGAGAGCUAGCUGAGAAUAACAACACUCCUAUAGCGACUAAGAAUGACGAAUUAUCUGAGAAUAACGAUGCCAGGUGGCAUGCUCAGGGUGAGGCAGUUGAACUGGAAAAACAGAUUCUUGAAAAAUAUCAUGAUGUGCAGGCUACUCGGAUUGAACACCGUAAAGGGAUAAAAAAACCAAAGUAUGGUAAACACCUGACCGAAGAUAUUAGAAAAGCGAAUAGAGCACUAGGUAAAAUCUGCAGAGAUAGACAGUUAACAAUAACUGAUCUCAAUCAUCUAAUAUAUGCUUCUGCAGCUAUAAUAGCGGGAGAGGAAGAGAAUAACAACAGCCCUAGGACUAAAGAAGGACCUGAAGGCCCCCGAUGGAAGAUGCGCCUAAAGAACAAAAUUUCGCAAAUUCGCCAAGAAAUAUCCAUUUUAAGCGAAAUAAAUAAGGGGGUAGUUUUCAGUCAUGUUUUAAAUAAAGCUGACCGAAUAAGGGCUAAGUAUAGCCAUUCAUCGCUUGGUGACCUAAUAAACACACUAAAAAUGAAGUUGCAAGCGAAGGCUCAGAGAUUGCGGCGAUAUACAAGACGUGUCGAUCAGUACAAACAGAAUAGGCUAUUCCAAGCAAAUCCCAAGAAAUUUUACAGGAGUCUAAAGGAAGAAGUACAGGUACAAGAACCACCAUCAAAAGAAGAUGUCGACUCAUUUUGGAGAGACAUAUUAGAGCAGGAGAUACCUCACAACAAAAAAGCUGCCUGGAUUGAGCAAGAAAGGCGAAACAACAGCCAAAUUGUCACCUCUCAAUGGCAUGACUAUACCGAAGACGAAGUUAAGGAAGUCAUUAGGUGUUUGCAAAAUUGGAAAGCACCAGGGCCAGAUAAGAUCUGUAACUUCUGGAUAAAAUCCUUCAAUGCACUCCACUGUCACCUGGCUGUUGCUAUGAGCAAUUUGACCAAACAUCCUAACAACACUCCGCAAUGGUUGACAACUGGUAUCACAUAUUUGCUGUACAAAGGCAAAAAUUCUAAAGAGGCAAAAAAUUAUCGUCCAAUUACCUGCUUACCCACACUGUAUAAGGUUCUUACUUCACUUAUUUCUAAUAGACUAUAUGACCAUCUGUCCUCUAACAACAUUCUACCGUCAGAACAAAAAGGCUGCCGUCGAUCAACUCAAGGCUGCAAGGAUCAGUUACUCAUAGACAAAAUGUUAGUUGAAGAUGCCAAGAGGAGAAAACGAAAUCUAAGCAUGGCCUGGAUAGACUACGCCAAGGCAUUCGACAGUAUACCUCAUAGUUGGAUCCUUGAAGCUCUGAGUUUAUAUGGAGUUAAUCCGAUUGUUGUGAAGUUCCUCGAAUCAUCUAUGAAGAAGUGGAAUACCGAAUUACAGCUGCAUCACGCUGAAGGGUGCCUCAAAACUGAUAAAAUAAGAAUCCGCAGAGGGAUAUUCCAAGGAGACUCCUUGUCACCGCUGCUAUUCUGCAUCUCCCUGGUUCCACUGACUAACGCUCUGAAUUCUGGAAAACUUGGAUACGAGGUCAGGCAGGGUUCCUAUAUAAGUCACCUAUUAUAUAUGGAUGACCUCAAGUUAUUCGCAUCCAGCAACAAGCAGCUAGAUAGAGAGCUAGACAUUGUGAAGCGGUUUAGUGAGGACAUAUGCAUGCAGUUAGGCCUGGAAAAAUGUAAAAGGAUCACGAUUACCAGAGGAAAGAUCUCAAUGAAUGUAAACCAAAUAACUGAAAAUAGUGCAGGAUUUGACUACCUUGAUCUAAGUGAAACCUAUAAAUAUCUUGGCGUACAUGAAAGUGACGAGGUACAUCAUGAAUCUAUGAAAGAAAAUGUGAAGAAGGAAUACUAUGGUCGGUUAAGGCGAAUCUUGAGAACAGAACUGAGCGCCGAAAAUAAAAUAAAGGCAGUCAACAGUCUUGCUGUACCGGUAAUGCAGUAUAGCUUUGGAAUAUUGAACUGGAGCGGAUCAGACAUUGAAAAAAUAGAUAGAAAAACCAGGAAACUGUUAACCGUCUAUAAGUUUCAUCACCCCAAAGCUGACAAAGACCGACUCUAUAUUCCAAGGCGCGAUGGUGGCAGAGGUUUAAUUGAACUCUGCAGUGCCUACAGGAUGACAAUUGCCGGCCUUUAUGAGUAUAUACUCCAUUCCAACGACAAGUUCAUCAAGUUAGUGCUAUUGCAUGAGCAACAAAAGGCUAAAUACUCCAUUACAAAGAUCGGGGAAGCCAUGAAAAGACAAUAUGCAUACCAAUUGAACGAAGAUCAGUCAGCGGACAACUUGAAACUCAGAGUAAAGGAGGCCAUGCGAACAGAAAAAGUCAACGCCCUAAAAUCGAAACCACUCCAUGGACAGUUCUACAAUAACCUACACAAAACCAAUGUAGAUAAACACAUGUCCCUGGAUUGGAUGAAAAGUACAGGACUGAAGGCGGAGACUGAAAGUCUACUGAUUGCUGCACAGGACCAGGCACUUAACACGCGCUACCAUAGAAGAAUGGUCCUGAAACAGAAUGUCGACAGCAAAUGCAGAAUAUGCCAUCAAUGUGAGGAACAUAUAAGCCACAUUAUUUCAGGCUGCUCAACACUGGCACCAACAGAAUACACCGAAAGGCACAACAACGUCGCUAAAUACAUACACUGGGCUAUCCUCAAGCAGCACCAAGUACCAGUUAGCAACAACUGGUAUGAUCAUUCUCCUGAAGAAGCAGUAGAGACAGACGAAGCAUUAAUUAUGUACGACAAAGGAGUCAUUACCGACCGUACGAUUUCCGCCAACCGACCUGAUAUUAUUUACCAUAAUAAAACACAGAACACAUGUCUGCUAAUUGAGGUAUCUGUACCAGACGACAACAACGUCAACACCAAAGAAGCGGAAAAGGCCAGAAAAUACAAAGACCUCGAAAUCGAAAUAUCGCGCAUGUGGAAGACAAAGACAAGAACGGUACCCGUGAUCAUCGGAGCUUUGGGGACUGCCACUAUGUCAUUCAAGAACAACAUAAAAGAACUCCCCGGAGAUGUCUUUGCAACACAAGUUCAAAAGAUAGCACUGCUAGGAACAGCCCACAUUUUGCGGAAAACCCUUUCCGACUAA